CACUAAGUUAAUUUUAACUUCUCGAAUUCUAUGUCCCACCCCAUGAUUCCAAAGUCGUCACACAUUUAAUCAUAUCUAUGCAUAUUUCUUCAUUGUUAAUUACAUAUAUUAAAUAUUCUCUUCAUAUAUGCUUUCCGUGGGAGACUUGCUUCUUAAAAACUUAUUGCACCGAACCCCACUAAUAUAUAUUUUCAUUAUUUGUUCAUCUUAUUCUCUUGUUGGAUUUCAGAUACAAAACUAAGGUGGCUUCAAUGAGUACCAAAAUCAAAGCUCCUUCUUCCACCAGUGAGUGUGACUCUUCAGAGGAGAGUGGUUGGACUAAGUACUUUGAGGAUUUCUUUAACGACCAUAAUGUUGAUGAUCAGAAAUGUUCUAUGUCUUUCUCUGGUAUUGACUCCACCUCCUUUGCCUCUGAUGCUGCUUCCUUGGCUGCUACCAAAAAAUUAACUUAUAGCACACAAGCUGAGGAAUCUAGUUUGAAGAAGAGAAAGAAGAUCAAAACAGCUUUUGAUGAUGCUUUGGAAGAUACUGCAAGUUCUCCUAUCAAAGGCCCCAAGGAAAAAGGAAACACCUCAGGAGAAAGAGAUGAAAGGAAAGAAGUGUAUUUUAAUGGGAGGGAUAAUGACCACGCAGAACUGAAGAAGAAAGGCCUUUGCUUAGUUCCUUUGUCGAUGAUAGUGAAAUAUCUAUAGGUUGAUUAGUUCCAUGCCCCAUGUACAUUAUUCCAUGCUAGCAAACCCCAGAAAGAGAAAUAAGUAUAGAUAUAUACAAUAGGAUACAAAAUGACAUGAAGAAAAAAGAGUUAGAGAAAAAUGAUAAUUAAGUAUCAAUGGGGUGUUUGUAUUGUUGGGUCUGAAAAAAAAAAAUAGUACUCAUGCAUUUUUCUCUCUUGAUUAGCGCACAUAGAUAAUCAUGCUAAACAGCUAGAGCAUGUUGUAUAUAAUGAAUCAAUCAUUAUUUAUAAAUUUCAG